AGCCUUGACAACCGCCUUGACAACGGUAACUAUGGACGGCGAUGUUUACCACAAACGUAUCCUGCUGUGGUCAUAGAAGACAAUAUUUACAUCUAGUGUCUUGUAGGAUUAAGACCACCACAGUCACAGCCGUGUUGGUAGGACUCCCGCUUUUGAAACAUGCAGCUGAAGCAUCUCAAGACGCUGCUAACUCCCCAGGAGGGUGCUGUGAAGGUGACAUGCAUGGCCUGGGCGCCCAACAGCAGCCGGCUGGCGGUGUGCAGCGUGGACCGAGUGGUGCUGCUCUACGACGAGCACGGGGAGAGGAGAGACAAGUUCUCCACAAAGCCCAUUGACGCAAAAUAUGGGAAGCAGAGCUACGUGGUCAAGGACAUGGCCUUCUCCCCAGACUCUACUAAGAUUGCCAUCGGCCAAUCGGACAACAUCAUCUUCGUCUAUAGAAUAGGGGAAGAAUGGGGGGACAAGAAAGCCAUUUGCAACAAAUUUGUACAAACUAGCUCUGUAACAUGCUUGCUUUGGCCAGCAGAGCAUGCUAUUGUCUUUGGUUUAGUGGAAGGCAAGGUUCGCCUCGCAAACACUCAGACAAACAAGUCAUCUACCAUCUAUGGAACUGAGUCUGCUGUCGUUUCACUGGCAUCCAAUGUUUCAGGGCAAGGCAUCUUGUCUGGCCAUGCAGAUGGAACCGUGGUGCGAUACUUCUUUGGUUCAGGAGAGUCUCAGACGCACUCACAGGGGAAACUGUUUGUGCACCCGGUUCCACCCUAUGCCUUGGCCUGGGGAGCCAACAGCAUAAUGGUGGGCGGCUGUGACCGGAAGAUUGUGGCUUAUGGCAAAGAAGGCAACGUCCUGCAGACCUUUGAUUACAGCCGCGACCGCACUGAGAAGGAGCUGACCACGGCGGCCACCAGCCCCAGCGGACAGUCUGUCGUGUUUGGAAGCUACAAUCGGCUGCGUGUGUUUAACUGGGCACCACGGCGUGGCCUGUGGGACGAGGCCAAGCCAAAAGAGAUCCCUAACUUGUACACGAUCACCGCCCUGGCCUGGAAGAAGGACGGGUCCCGACUCUGUGUGGGAACGUUGUGUGGGGGCGUGGAGCAGUUUGACUGCUGUCUGAGGAGGAGUAUCUACAAGAACAAGUUUGAGAUGACUUACGUCGGUCCGAGCCAGGUGAUCGUGAGGAACCUGUCCAGCGGGACGCGGGUGGUUCUCAAGUCUCAGUACGGCUAUGAGAUCGAGGAAGUGAAGAUCAUGGGGUCAGACCGCUACCUCGUGGCUCACACGUCAGACACCCUGCUGCUGGGAGACCUGCUCACCAACAAGCUCAGUGAGGUGGCAUGGCCAGGCUCCGGGGGGAAUGAAAAAUUCUUCUUUGAAAAUGAAACGGUUUGCAUGAUAUUUAACGCAGGGGAACUCAGCCUGGUGGAGUAUGAAAACAACCAGAUCCUGGGAUCAGUCAGGACAGAGUUCAUGAACCCUCAUCUCAUCAGUGUCCGUUUGAAUGAGAGAAAGCAGAAAGGAGUGGAAGAUAACAAGAAGCUUGCAUACCUGAUUGACCUGAAGACUAUUGCCAUUGUGGACUUAUCUGGAGGAUACAACCUUGGAACCCUCAACCAUGACUCUAGAAUCGACUGGCUGGAGCUGAACGAGACGGGCCGCAAGCUGCUCUACCGGGACAAGAAGCUGCAGCUCCACCUGUACGACAUAGAAAGCGCCAUAAAGACCACGCUCCUUUCUUUCUGCUCCUACGUCCAAUGGGUGCCAGGCAGUGACGUGGUGGUGGCCCAGAACCGGGCCAACCUCUGUGUCUGGUACAACAUCGACAGCCCCGAGAGCACCACCAUGUUCCCCCUCAGGGGAGACGUUGUGGACCUGGUAAGAGCCGACGGUAAGACAGACGUGACUGUAUCGGAAGGCAUUGGGACGUCCAGCUACACGCUGGACGAGGGCCUCAUAGAGUUUGGCACAGCGGUGGACGAUGGGGACUACGACAGAGCUACAGCAUUCCUGGAGACUCUAGACUUGUUGCCAGAGACGGAGGCCAUGUGGAAGACUUUGAGCAAACUGUCGCUGGAGGCAGGCCAACUGCACAUCGCUGAGAGAUGUUUUGCUGCCUUGGGCGAUGUCUCCACCGUGCGCUUCCUCCACCAAACCAAUACCAUUGCUGACCAGGUGUCCCAGGAUACCGGAGGGGAUGGCUCCGGCCACUACCAGGUACAAGCCCGCCUGGCUCUGCUGGACAAGAACUUUAAACUGGCUGAGAUGUACUACCUGGAACAGAACGCCACUGAUGAAGCCAUUGAGAUGUACCAGCAGCUGCACAUGUGGGAGGAGUGCAUUGCUGUGGCUGAGGCUAAGGCCCAUCCAGAGCUGGACGCUCUCCGUCUGAACUACUACCGCUGGCUGACAGAGACGUCCCAGGACGAGAUGGCCGGGGAGAUGAAGGAGAGGGAGGGCGACUACCAGGGAGCCAUCAGUCUGUACCUUAAGGCAGGCCUCCCAGCCAAGGCCGCCCGGCUAGCCAUCAGCCAGCCGGACAUCACGAGCAGCAGCGACGUGGUGAACCGCAUCACAGCCGCACUCAUCAAGGGGGAGUUCUUUGAGAGGGCGGGUGACCUGUAUGACAUGAUCGGCAAUAAACAGAGAGCUCUGGAGUGUUACCGCAAAGGGAACACCUUCAGGAAAGCGGUGGAACUGUCUCGUGUUUCCUUCCCAAGUGAGGUGGUGAGGCUGGAGGAGGCGUGGGGUGACCACCUGGUGCAACAGAAGCAAAUGGACGCCGCCAUCAACCACUUCAUCGAAGCAGGCUCCUCCAUGAAGGCCAUGGAGGCAGCCAUCGCAGCGCGCCAGUGGAAGAAGGCUGUCCACCUGCUGGAGCUCCAGGAGGACCAGUCGUUUGGGAAGUACUACUUGAAGAUCGCUCAGCACUACGCCUCUGUACAGGACUAUCAGGUGGCUGAGAGGCUGUUUGUGAAGGGAGGUCACAUUAAAGACGCUAUAGACAUGUACACGUUGUGCGGGCGCUGGGAGGAGGCUCAUAAGCUGGCAGAGGAGUGCAUGAGUGCUGACCAAGUGUCGGCCCUGUAUCUGAGCCGAGCUCAGGACCUGGAGAGAGAGGGGAAAUACAAGGAGGCAGAGAGGCUGUUUGCAGCUGUGAAACAGCCCGACCUGUCCAUCACCAUGUAUAAGAAGAAGAGGCUUUUCGAGGACAUGAUCCGCCUUGUUGCCAGGCACCAUCCCGACCUGCUGAAGGAAACCCACCUCCACCUGGCCAAGGAGCUGGAAGGUGAGGCGAGGAUGGUGGAAGCAGAGCACCACUACCUGGAGGCCGAGGAGUGGAAAGCUGCAGUGCACAUGUACCGCGCCGGAGACAUGUGGGAGGAGGCAUACAGGGUGGCUAAGGGCCAUGGGGGCCCCGGGGCCCAGAAGCAGGUGGCCUACCUGUGGGCCCGGAGCCUUGGGGGAGAGGCUGCAGUCAAGCUGCUCAACAAGUUCAGCCUCACCGACUACGCCAUCGACUUUGCUUCAGACAACUGCUCCUUCGACUUUGCCUUUGAGUUAGCCCGUCUGGCGAACAAACAGAAGGUCCCAGAGAUCCACCUGAAGCACGCCAUGUAUCUGGAAGACGAGGGCAAGUUUCAAGAAGCGGAGUCGGAGUUCAUCAAGGCCGGGAAGCCCAAGGAAGCGGUGCUGAUGUACGAACACAACCAGGACUGGGCCGGUGCGCAGCGUGUAGCUGAGUGUCAUGACCCGGACAGUGUGGGAGAGGUUCUGGUGGGCCAGGCAAAGUCCUGCUUUGACCAGAAGGACUUUCAGAAGGCCGAGGCCUUCCUACUCCGGGCCCAGAGGCCCCAGCUGGCUGUUCAAUACUACAAGGAUGCAGGGAUGUGGAGCGAUGCCAUGCGGCUGUGUAAGGAGUACUUGCCCAGUAAGCUGGCCCUCCUGCAGGAGGAGUACGAUUCAGAGGCUGCCAAGCAGGGCCCGCGAGGUACUGAGGGGUUGGUGGAGCAGGCUCAGAAGUGGGAGCAGUCUGGAGAGUUCACCCGCGCGGUGGAGUGUUACCUCAGGGUGAAGGAAAGCUCCAACGCGGCCCUGACGGAGAAGUGCUGGAUGAAGGCUGCUGAGCUGUCAAUCAAAUUCCUGAGCAGAGAGCGGGCUGCUGAGGUGGUCCGUGAUGUGGGACCCUGUCUGGCCAAGCUCAGGAAAUACAGCACUGCAGCAGAGUUGUACCUCAACGUGGAGCUGGUGAAAGAGGCCAUCGACGUCUUCAUGGAGGGGGAGGAGUGGAACAAGGCCAAGAGAGUUGCAAAGGAGCUGGAACCAAGGUAUGAGGCUUAUGUAGACCAGAAGUACAAGGAGCACUUGAAGAACCAUGGCAAGGUGGACUCUCUGGUCGGUGUGGACGUGAUGGCAGCACUGGACAUGUAUGUAGAGCGGGGCCAGUGGGAGAAAUGUGUUGAAACAGCCUCCAAACAGAACUUUAAGAUCCUCCAUAAAUAUGUAGCCCUGUAUGCCACUCACCUGAUCAGAGAGGGCGACGCCCAGAGUGCAUUGAGCCUGUAUGUCACCCAUGGAGCCCCGCCCAACCCCCAGAACUUCAACAUCUAUAAGCGCCUGUUCCUUGACCUUCUGAACCUGAGCGGGGGGCCGGAGGGGUACCGCAUGUGGGCAGACCUCCGCAACCUUCUGCUGCUUCUGUGUGAGAAUAUCUCCAAGUCUUCAGAGGCCAACAGCCCGAGCCAUGAGGAGUUUGAGACGAUGCUGCUGAUAGCUCACUACUGCGCCACGCGAUGUGCUGCUAAAGGAAUGGACCAGCUGGUGAGCAUUUCCACCAAGCUGUCGAUCUCUCUGCUGCGCCACACUGAGCUGCUGGCUGCGGACAAGGCCUUCUAUGAGGCGGGUCUGGCCUGCAGGGCCGUAGGCUGGGAGAACAUGGCCUUCAUCUUCCUCAACCACUUUCUGGAUCUGGCUGAUGGGAUUGAUGAGGGUACUCUGGACACUCUGGACCACUCAGACUUCCAGGAGACGGACAUUCCCUUCGAGGUUCCAGUGCCUUCCAAGCUGCAUGUCAGCGAGGCCCAGCGGGAGGAGAUCAGGGACUGGGUCCUGGCCGUCUCCAUGGACCAGCGUGUGGAGCAAGUUCUACCCAGGGACGAGAGAGACACCUACGAAGCUUCACUGCUGGCCACCAGCACUGGCAUCCGGUCCCUGCCCUGCGUCAUCACUGGUUACCCCGUGCUGAGGAACAAGAUGGACUUCAAAGCUCCAGGGAAGGCCUCCAACAAGGAUGACUGGAACAAGUUCCUGAUGGCCACCAAGACAACGCACAGCCCAGAGUGCCAGGAUGUGCUGACCUUCAUCAGCCAGUGGUGUGGAGGCCUCCCUGCUUCCAGCUUCUCCUUCCACUGAGCAGGAAACGGGCCCGUACUAACCCCUGAGCUACAUGCCUCUGUUGACCAGGUCCUUGCUACAAUGCUAACCCAGCCACCAGCAUUGCUGUCUUGCUGUCCUGCUAUUUGUCAGCUGAGUAACAAGGCACCAGGGCUUCUCAGGGUCUCUUGGAAAUGAUGUGUCUGCCUCUUUGUGUUCCUCCACAUUACAUUCACGUUAUAUUGAGCAUUGUUAAUCUUUCUCUCUACAUCAUCAUGAACAUAUUGAUAUUUUGGCUGCAUCUCACCAAAACUCUGAAAUAUCGACAAAGGAGACAGGUGACUGCUAACUAAUGUUCUCUUGUUAAAUUGAAAUAAAAUGUGUUCAAAAUGUA